UUUGUUGAAAUUCUUUGAAGUUAGUUCUAACGUAUCCGAUCUCAUUUUCUCAUAUUGUCGAUUCUUUGAUUGUGCAGGGAUCUUGUCGAUCAUUAUUUGGUGAAUCCAUGGCCAAGUUAUCAAAUCUUGGCUCAAGCAACAACGAAAUGAAGAACAAGAAGAAGAGUGCUGGUGUGUAAGCUUGUCGAUGAAGGUCUGUGCGCUGAAGGAGAAUCCAUUCGAAGGAACGUAAGGGAGAAGAGCGUCGUAUUGGCCUGGCUCGUUUACUCGCGAUUGGAAAGAGGAAAAUGAUGCUGUUGAAGGAGUACGAGAAAAGCGGUAAGGCUACGGAAUUUUCCGAUGAGCGAAUUGGGGAAUGGGACGAAGAGCUUGGCUAUUUUACGUUCGCAGUGCGAAUGGAAGAGAUUCUAUGGCAUUCUUUUGCAAUAUUUUUCUGUAUCAACAAAUAAGAAGCCAUUAAAUGUGGAGCUACUAAAUUUGCUUCUCAAGCCAUCAACAAUUUUGUGUUGAUAAUAAGAAUCCAGGGCUGGGUUGCAAUUUCUUGUUCCUAAUUCUUCCACAGGUUCGUUAGGGGCAGAGACUAUGAUCCAAAUCGUGAACGAGCUGAAAAAAGAAAGCUGCAGAAACUUCUAAAACGUGAAGCUAAAGGAGCAGCCCAUGAGCUAAGUUUAGCGACACGGCGACUCCACCUUACAUAGUUGAAUCCCUUUGAUUUUUGGUUGGUUGCUUCCCUCAUGGAUUGCGUCCCUGAGCACAAAAUCGAAGCCUGUCAUCAUUUGUCUUCCACUUCAACAAUGGAGAAAUCUUUGGUGGAUCCAUUAGUUCAUUGCUUCCUUUAUACCAUACAACAACCAUCGCUCAAUCCUACCAUUAUCUCCUCCCUCUGUCGGCCAAUACUCCGAUCAACAUCUUUAAAAUAGCUACAAUAACCCUACCCUUUUGUACUCUGCCUCCCCUCAAUCGCAAUCAAAUCAUGCCCUUUUCGCUCUGCUUUUGGUGCUUUCCGGCCGCCGCUUUGGGCGGAGCUGCCCUCUCGAUCCUCAUUGUUUUCCUAUUUUCUGUGAUGAGUAGCGCACGGCGGCCGAGUUCUCAUUCUCCUCCUCCUCCUCCUGGAAGCAGAGGAUUGCCUUUGAUUGGAGAGACGAUCCAGUUCAUGGCCGCCGUCAAUAGCAGCAACGGCGUUUAUGAUUUCGUCAGAAUCCGCUGCCUCCGAUAUGGAAGAUGUUUCAAGACUCGGAUAUUUGGGGAGACGCAUGUGUUCGUAUCGAGCACCGAGUCGGCGAAGCAGAUACUCAACGACAGCGGAGUCAACUACACCAAGAAGUACAUAAGGUCCAUUGCAGAGCUAGUCGGGCAUCGGAGUUUGCUCUGCGCCUCGCAUCUUGACCACAAGUUCUUACGCAGCCAUCUCAUCAAUCUAUUCUCUACCAGUUUUUUGGCUUCCUUUGUCACGCAGUUCGAUCAGCAGAUCGUUGAGGCGCUUCGAGGCUGGGAAAGUGGAUCCACCAUUGUCCUCCUCAACCAAGCCCUCAAGAUAACAUGCAAAGCAAUGUGCAAAAUGCUAAUGAGCAUACAAAACGACGACGAAUUAGAGCUACUCCAAAAGGAGGUAGCUCAUGUAUGUGAAGCUAUGCUUGCAUUCCCAUGGCGGUUUCCUGGGACAAGAUUCCACAACGGCCUCAAGGCAAGAAGAAGAAUCAUUAAAAUACUCGAAAAGAUGAUACGAGAGCGACGAAGAUCAGAAGCUUGGCAUGACGAUUUCUUGCAACGGUUGUUGACGGAGGAGGGCGACGAUAGUAGAGGAGCGUUGUUGGAUGUGGAGAUCGGAGAUAACAUAUUGACGAUGUUGAUUGCAGGACAAGAUACGACAGCAAGUGCCAUCACGUGGAUGGUGAAGUUCUUGGACGAGAACCCUGAUGUUCUUCAAAAUUUGAAGGAUGAACAAUUUGAGAUAUUGAACAAACAACGAGAUCGUGAUCGUGAGAGUUGUUUCCUUACGUUGGAAGAUCUUGGCAACAUGUGUUAUGCUCCUAAGGUAGUAAAAGAAUCCUUGAGGUUAGCAUCGGUGGUGCCAUGGUUCCCAAGGCUAGUCCUCCAAGACUCUCAAAUUCAAGGUUACAAAGUCAACGAAGGUUGGAAUGUCAACAUUGAUGUAAGGUCACUACACUCACAUCCUUCUAUCUACCAUCACCCUCUCAUCUUCAAUCCUUCCAGAUUUGAUGAAGAAGCAAAGCCCUAUAGUUUUCUAGCGUUUGGAAUGGGAGGGAGGCAAUGUCUAGGGAUGAACCUGGCCAAAGCCAUGAUGCUUGUCUUUCUUCACCGCUUGGUGACUUCUUACAGAUGGAAGGUGAUCGACUCCGACCCGAGCAUUGAGAAGUGGGCACUUUUUUCUAAACUUAAGAGCGGUUGUCCGAUUAUUGUCACACGUAUUGAAUCCUAAAUUGCUCUAUGUUAUAAUAUUGCAAUUAAAAACUUUUCUUUU